AUCUUUACCUGAUGCAGAUGUGAGGAAAAGAAUCAACAACAUUAGCGAAUAUUUGACGUAUGAAGUAUAUCGAUAUGCUGUCAGAGGUUUUUACGAGUGUCAUAGAUUCCUAUUUGUUUUAAUGCUGACUUUGAAGCUGCAACUAGAGGGUGGUAACAUUACAUACAAUGAGUUUUUCACCUUCGUGAAAGGUGGCGCAUCACUGGAUAUGAAUUCUGUGAGACCUAGGCCUUUUCCUUGGAUAUUAGAAGUAAUAUGGCUGAAUAUUAUGCAGCUUAGUCUUUUACCAACGUUUUCCACUUUGCCAGAAGAGGUGUGCUCUAAAGAAGGGGAAUGGAAAACGUGGUACGAAUCUGAAUUUCCUGAAGCAUCUCCUUUUCCUUGCGGUUACGAUAAAAAAUUGAAUCCUUUCGGAGUUCUGCUCAUGAUCCGGACAUGGUGCCCAGACCGAACUCUUUCUCAGGCAAAGAAAUUCAUAGCUGAAACCUUAGGUUCUAGAUUUAUAGAAGGCGUUCUUCUCGAUUUAGAAGAUCUAUGGAGAGAAUCUGAUAAUAAAACUCCUCUCAUUUGUCUGCUAUCUACUAGUGGUGAUCCCAGCUUGCAAAUAGAAAUAUUGGCACGGAAAAAGGGAUUAGAAUUUGGAUCUGUGUCUAUGGGUCAAGGGCAGGAGGUUCACGCUCGUCGAAUUUUGACCAAGAUGAUCAACAAUGGUGGAUGGGUUAUGCUGCAGAAUUGUCACCUGAGCCUAGAUUUUUGCCAAGAGAUUCUCGAGACUCUAACCGAGCAGGACGACACCCACAUAGAUUUUCGAUUAUGGAUUACUACUGAAGUGCAUCCUAGUUUCCCAAUCAGUCUCCUCCAGAUUUCUAUUAAAUUUACUAAUGAACCACCUCAAGGCAUCAAGGCUAGUGUGAAGAGGACUUACGCCAGUCUACCUGAGGAUAUACUUGAGUAUAGUAACGCUACACAGUGGCAACCUCUGCUCUUCGGAAUUGCUUUUCUCAACACCAUAGUUCAAGAGAGGCGAAGAUUUGGUCCUUUAGGAUGGAACAUACCAUAUGAAUUCAAUCAGGCAGACUUUAUCGCUUCCAUGAAGUUUCUGCAGAAGCACUUGGAUGAUAUGGAUAUGAAGAAGGGACCUUGUUGGCGUACUGUACGUUUCAUGUUGGCGGAAGUCCAGUAUGGUGGUAAAGUCACCGAUGAUUAUGAUAAAAGACUACUCUGGACUUUCACAAAUGAGUGGUUCGAUGAAAAGAUUUUACAUCAUAACUUCGAGUUUCACGCCGGAUACAAAUUACCACCUUGCAACAGCUUGCGUCAGUGCUUGGAAUAUAUCAAGAAAUGGCCUGCUGAUGACUGCCCCCAAGUAUUUGGACUUCAUGAGAAUGCAGACAUUAC